ACGGCGUGGGCGGGGCCGGGCCGGGGCCAGGGCCACCGGCGCGGGCUGUCCAGUCUGCACCUGACCCGGCCGCAGCGCAGCCGCAGUGCCCGUGCCCGCUCCUGCGUCCAGAAGCGCGGCGCGGCCUCCUGGGCUCUCCCGAGCCGGCCUGUCCUCCCGAUCAUUUGGGCCACUGAGGACGGUACCCGCAGCCCGAGGGCCACGGGGCGAGCCUAGAGCAUGGCAGGGAAGAAAGUGCUCAUCGUGUACGCGCACCAGGACCCCGGCUCGUUCAACGCGGCCCUGAAGAAGGUGGCGGUGGACGAGCUGAGCAGACAGGGCUGCCUGGUCACCGUGACCGACUUGUACGCCUUGGACUUCGAGCCCAGGGCCACCAGGAAGGAUUUCACGGGUGCCCUCUCUGACCCCGAGCACUGCAACUACGGGCUGGAGGCAUUCCGGGCGUACCAGCGGGAGGCGCUGAGCCGCGACAUCACGGCGGAGCAGGAGAAGGUGCGGGAGGCCGACCUGGUCAUAUUCCAGUUCCCCCUGUACUGGUACAGCCUCCCGGCGGUCCUGAAGGGCUGGAUGGACCGGGUGCUGUGCCAGGGCUUCGCCUUCGACUUCCCGGGCUUCUUUGAAUCAGGAUUUCUCAAGGGCAAACGGGCCGUGCUCUCCUUCACCACGGGCGGCUCGGCCGAGAUGUACUCCAAGACCGGCAUCAGCGGGGACAUCCGCUGCUACCUGUGGCCCAUCCAGCAUGGCACCCUGCACUUCUGCGGCUUCCACGUCCUGGCCCCGCAGGUCAGCUUCGGGCCUAGCUCUGCGUCCCAGGAGGAGCGGGCGGGCAUGCUGGCGGCGUGGGCGCGGCGGCUGGCAGCCAUCUGGGAGGAGGCGCCCAUCGAGUGCACGGCCGCCUGGUACUUCGGGCAGUAGCCCCCGGUGGCCCCCGGCCCUGCCCACCGGGGACAGCUGGCCCAGUCGUGGCCACUCCACCGCUGCCCGCUGUCCCGGUUCCCUGUGCUGCUGGCGGGGUGCCCGGCCCCCUCCCCUCCUCUCCUGCCCUUGCUCGGGGCGCCCAGCAGGGGGCACUGCCCUGGCCCAUGUGCAGCCCUGGGUCCGACCCCGGUGACCAGCGAAUAAUCAGACACGUUUCCUACCGCCCCCUCCCAGCCCCCGCGGGCAGUGCCGGGUCCAGGCCCUUCUCGGGCGCGGGCCUGGGUCCGAGGGCUUCUCGCGCCCUGUCCUCGGCCGCGGCUAGUGCUCCAGCUCUGUGCUCAUGGCUUUUAGCAUCCUCUUAUUGGGCGGUCGGGGGGCCACACCCGGUGGUGCUCGGGCUCACUCCCGGCUCUACGCUCAGGGAUCACCCCUGGUCGUGUCCAGGGGGCCAUACGGGAUGCCGGGGGAUCAGACACGGGCCAGACGUGUGCGAGGCGAGCGCCCACCUGCUGUGCUGUCUGUCGCUCCUGCCCCGUGGAGGUUUUCAUUGCAGUUAGUUUUUUGAAGAGCCAAAUAAAUUCUUUUUCACUGAGUA